AUGGCUGGAGGGCGUGACGGGGGCAACAGGCGAGGAGGAAGGAGACGAGAUCGAGCAAGGCUGACCAUGGUCGCCUCCUCCGCCCUUCUAGUAGUGCUUGACUGGAUGGUCUCGGAGUGUCAGGGGGAGGCGUCGGAGAUGAAGACCUUCACGGAGGACUGGGAGAGCGAGUACAACCACAAGAUGCUCAUGGCGAGUGUUGAAUGCGUCGCUUGUAACGCGCUGCAGCGCUACGGUCAUGCUGGAAAAGAGGACACGUGCAUGUCGCACUGCUUCCUUGUCGUUCCUCCGGAUGCAGAAGAUCAGCACUGCGAAGAGUUCUGUGAGAAGUUGAGGGCGGCAAACCUCCUGACUUCGCAGCCAUGCAUGGCGCUCGGACAUUGUCCCGCACCCCUGGUGAGGACUGAGCAUCUCAAGGAGGAGAUGGCGAGUGAGUACCGUCCUGUGGUCAUCAUCGGGCAUCACAGGGAGGAGACGGAGCGGUUCGAGCGACAGAUCGCCGACUGGACUCGUUUGAGUUUGCCAGGAGUUUACGUUCGUUUGCUCUACCUUGUGAACGAACAUGGGACGGAGAACAGAUCUCUCGAGUAUGCAUACCGUAUGAUGCUCCCUCUACACAAGCAGGGAGGGUUUGACCUGAUUGCUAUCGGAAUGGGUGGGAUCCUGGCACGAGGAUACGUGCAGGCGUGCAACGCUCCUCCUGUCAAGACUCUCAUCACCUACAACACGCCGCAUGCUGGAUGCAAGAAGCAGGCCAAGGAGGACGGCAACAAGAUCUUCGCGGCUCAUCCUGACCUUGAGGGCAAACGUGACCCGUACUCUCCUUUCGUUCAGUCCUGCGUCGCUUCAGCUGGCGUUCACCUCGAUCAUACAAGGCCUCACUUGUACUACUCGAACGCGAGUCUCCUGCCGGAUCUAAACCUUCAGCGACCUCAACACAAGUUUCGCCCGCUCGACGCACUCGACAGGAUGAUCCUUGUCUACGGCGAAGCCGACGAGGCGACGGAUCCGCGAGAGAGCGCAUGGUUCGAGGACGAGGUGAUAUCGCAGCAGCAGGACAGAAAGGAGGCUGACUUGCGGGCACCAGCAGGCAGAGCUUAA